UCAAUGAAUGUCUCAACUCAUCUUCAAUUUGUGGACCAAACUCAUAUUGUCAGAAUAUCAAUGGAAGCUACUCGUGCUCUUGUUUGAGAGGAUAUGAUGUUACAAAGAUGAAUGAAACUGUUAGUAAUAGUAACCCAUGUACUGAUGUGGAUGAAUGUCAGGUGAAUUCAUCUGUAUGUGGUCCAAACUCAAACUGCACAAAUCUAAAUGGAGGUUACAAUUGCUCAUGUUUGGAUGGAUUUACAGCAACAUUCCCAAAUCUCACCAUCAGCAUCAAUAACACAUGCACAAUUUCAGAUAUCAAUGAAUGUCUCAACUCAUCUUCGAUUUGUGGACCAAACUCAUAUUGUCAGAAUUACAAUGGAAGCUACUCGUGCUCUUGUUUGAGAGGUUAUAAUGUUACAAAGAUGAAUGAAACUGUUAGUAAUAGUAACCCAUGUACUGAUGUGGAUGAAUGUAAAGUGAAUUCAUCUGUAUGUGGACCAAAUUCCAAAUGCACAAAUGUAAAUGGAGGUUACAGUUGCUUAUGUUUGGAUGGAUUUACUGCAACAUUCCCAAAUCUCACCAUCAGCAUCAAUAACACAUGCACGGAUAUUAAUGAAUGUCUCAACUCAUCAUCUGUUUGUGGGUCAAACUCAUAUUGUCAGAAUUACAAUGGAAGCUACUCGUGCUCUUGUUUGAGAGGAUAUAAUGUUACAAAGAUGAAUGAAACUGUUAGUAAUAGUAACCCAUGUACUGAUUUGGAUGAAUGUCAGGUGAAUUCAUCUGUUUGUGGACCAAACUCCAACUGCACAAAUUUAAAUGGAGGUUACAGCUGCUCAUGUUUGGAUGGAUUUACAGCAACAUUCCCAAAUCUCACCAUCAGCAUCAAUAACACAUGCACAGAGGUGAAUGAAUGUGUUGAGAUUCUUACGGUCUGUGGUCCAAACUCAAUCUGCAACAACACUGCUGGGAGUUACAAUUGCUCGUGUAUGAGUGGAUAUAAUGUAACAGACCUGAACCUCCCUAUAAGCAGCAGUAACCCAUGCACAGAUGUGGAUGAAUGUGCUAAGAUUCCUGCAGUUUGUGGUCCAAACUCAAUCUGCAACAACACUGCUGGGAGUUACAAUUGCUCGUGUAUGAGUGGAUAUAAUGUGACGGACCUGAACCUCCCUAUAAACAUCAGUAACCCAUGCACAGUAGCACCAUCAAAAACUACAGUCAAGCCACCACCAACAUCAACAAUGACUGUUAAACCACAACUAACAGUUAUGACAAUGUCAAUGAGAAUAAACCAAAAUUUUGACAUCGGUCUCACCAACAAAGCUGAUCCAAAGUACAUAUCGUAUGUAAAAAUCAUUACAUCUGCAAUUGAAAAUAGUUACAUGAAUCUGCCCAACUACAUUAAAGGUUCAGUAAAUGUCUUUGGCUUCAGGUCUGGUAGCAUUAUAGCAGACUACACGGUUAAUGCAAACACCAAUAAUCUGGAUGUUUCAUCAGUAAACACACAGGUUUCUGACCUUCUAGCAGCUCAAGGAAUCCCUUUAGCUGAGGAUGCUUUUGCUGAAAGUGAGGAAAAAAAUCUGACAACCAAAUUUAAGUUUUAUCCUCUGCAAGAUGUGAAGCUGAUGUGUACGCGUCCAAAUUCUGUUGUGGGAACAAUGAAAUGGAGAGUGAAUGACCAAGAUCCUGCAGAAAACAGUGCAAAAUACACCAUUACAAAUGACAAUAGCACUCUUAUUGUGAAAGGAGCAAGUGAAAGUGACAAUGGUAGAUAUUCGUGUAUCAUAGAAAGAUCCACAUUACCCUACAUUCAGUGGCAAACAGUAUCUAUUCAACCACGUCCUAAUAUUGUAGUGGAUAAACCUGAUUUAAAGCUUCAGUGUCAAAACCAGACUGUCCCACUGACAUGCUGUGCCGAUGGUUACUCAGUUGAGUGGUUUGGGAUUCCUGCUGAUGAUGAAGUGGAAAAUUCAGGAUCUGGCUGUAUCACAUUACAAUACAAAAGCACAAAUUGUGGGUCUAAAGAUGACUUUACAUGCCGACUAAAGGACAUGCCAGAAUUACAAACAUUUGAUUAUAGCAACAGGACAGUUUACGUUCAGACAGUCAGAGUGUUUGACUGUAUAAAUGACACACUUGGAGUUGGAAAACUAGGUGACAGUGUAACAGGAUUAUGUGAAAAAGGCCAGGAAGGUCUCAUAACUUAUGUAUGUAAACAGACAAAAGAUCUCAAAUAUAACUGGACAGAAGUACAGAGAGAUUGUGUUGUUCAAGCCAUCAAAGACCUUGAAAGGAGAUCUGAGGUUUUAUUUGUGGAGGAGAUUCCAGUGUUUAUGUCAAACCUCAGUAACACUGCAGUGCAGAAUAAUACUGUAAUAACACAAUCUGCUGACACUGUCAAAACCAUUGUUGACAUACUUAACACAAUUGCUAGUAUCUCACAAACUAUUACCAUCAGUCAACCUGUGAUGAAGGAUUUUCUUAAAACAGUGAACAUCAUUGUAUCAGAUGCAUCUAAAAACACAUGGGCAGAAUUGAACAAUGACAACAAAACAGAAAACAAAAGCACUGAACUUCUUAAAGCUAUUGAGACUAUAAGUGAUCGGCUCUCAGAUGACAGUUUUAUGAUUAAGGAAACCUCCAUUCAAUUGAAUAGAACAAGAAUUGAAAACUCCUUUACUGAAACUUCUUCACUGCCAAACUCAACUACUCAGAUUGUGAUACCAAAUGUUCUUAAACCGACCCUCAUAACCAUUAUUAUCUUCACAAAGCUAAACAAUGUUUUACCAACUCGGAAUACUUCUAAUAAUGACAAGAAGACAUCAGAAAACUACAUCAAUGGAGACGUGGUUGUUGUUAAGGUUAAUAAAACAAUUAACAACAUUUCAUUUGCUUUCGAUACCACAAAUACAUCAUUGAAAAAUCCUCAGUGUGUCUUCUGGAACUUUGAUCUCAACCAUUGGGAUUCCACUGGAUGUAAAGUCAAGCGCUCAGGGAAUGAAACAGUUACAUGUGAAUGCGACCACACAACCUCUUUUUCAAUCCUGAUGUCACCGUUUGCAAUUGAUAGCCCUGCCUUAGCCUAUAUAACAUACAUUGGUGUAGCUAUUUCAAUAGCCAGCUUGGUUUUAUGUCUCAUUAUUGAGGCGAUCGUAUGGAAGUCAGUGACAGGAAAUGAUACGUCAUACAUGCGUCACGUUUCAAUAGUCAACGUUGCCGUGUCGCUACUGAUUGCAGACAUCUGUUUUAUCAUCGCAGCUGCAAUUGCAAUUCCAGGACAACCUACACCAGUGAAUCCCUGCAGUGCAGUGGUUUUCUUCAUGCACUUUUUUUACCUGGCUGUUUUCUUCUGGAUGUUCAUCACAGCACUUUUGCUUCUUUACCUCACUGUCAUCGUUUUUUCUCACAUGUCAAAGACUAAUAUGAUGGCCAUUGCAUGUACGGUUGGUUAUUGUGCACCUUUGCUUAUAACGGUUAUUACUGUUGCAUCCACAGCUGGACCUAAAAACUAUGUCUCAAAAGAAAAUGCAUGUUGGCUAAACUGGUUUGAAUCUAAGGCCCUGCUGGCAUUUGUGAUUCCAGCUCUGACUAUCGUUGCCUUUAAUCUUGUGGUUUUGAUUGUGGUUGUGUUUAAACUAUUAAGAAGAGGAGGAGUUGGUGUUCAACCAGAUAUGAAUCACACUUUCGUGGUCAUUGCCCGAUGUGUGGCCUUUCUGACUCCUAUCUUUGGUCUAACAUGGGGAUUUGGCAUUGGGACCAUGGUGUCACGUGAAUUUGGCAUUCAUGUGGUGUUUGCAAUCCUCAAUUCACUGCAGGGGUUCUUUGUCUUGGUGUUUGGAACGGUUUUAGACAGAAUGGUCCGUGAGUCGCUAUCAGGAAAGCUGUCAUUAAACAAUAACAGUUCAACUCAUACCAGGAGCACUAGUGCGGAAGCAUUUUCAAGUAGACUGGGUGUCUUCCAAAGGAAGCAGAGGAGAAAUGUGUACAACACGUCUGACCCCAAUGCAGCUUCAUCGUCAAACCGCUAGUGCCUUGAACUCAUAAACAUUCUUCAUUGACUACAUGUUACAAAGCCUUUCAUCUGCUGUGAUCUAGCUCGAACUGAUUUUGCCAAGUGGUUGUUGUUUUCAGGGCAACAUAUUGUGUUGACCCAAGGACAACAUUUUUCUAAAUAAAACCUAAGCCCACCCCAAACCCCAACCCUAAGCAUAAACAAAACCCUAAAAUCAGAGGGACAUGAUAAGUGAAAACAAUGGUCUAGAAACAGCUAAUCCUGGUUGUAAGCUUAAACAAACUGUAAAAUUUGAUUGGUUGAUUGAAAUGUUGUCACAGGGUCAACAUAAUGUUGCCUUGAGGACAUCAACCACUUGGCAAAAUCAGGAGAGCCCUGUGAUCUAAGUGUCAUCUCCAUACUCUGUAAGCAAGAAACAUCUCAUGGAUGCACUGGGACGUAUCCUCAGUGAUGUAUUUAUGGAAAAUUACCAUAAUUACUGUAAAAUUUGUGUUUUAGUUGGUUGUUGUAAUAUGUAAUGUAUGUGAUGACUGCUAUGGUACAUGUUAAUUUUUAUGAGGAUAAAAAUUCUAUUGCAUGCAUGCUUUUCAGGGUAUAGUUGAGUA